CUUAAAUCUAUUUCCCUGUGGAGAGAAAUAGAUGACUUAUCAUGCAGAUAUGGAGAGCUUAUUAUUGUGUGUUGAGAUCUCAAUAGAUUCUUACAUGAGUACGGACAGAACACAUUGCGUGGAUAUCCGAUGGCCUUGGUUUGAAUAUUGCAACAGUGGAAUGUUUAAGGCUGAGGGCAGCGACGGUGACUCGGAGGCGUGCCUAGCGAUGCAGCAGAUGGGGCAGGCCAUGCGCAGCUACCAGGCCAGCCUGCUGACGCCGCCUCGCCCGCCCAAGAGCGGCCACUCUCCCAGCAGGGAGCACAGCGGCUGCGGCCCGCUGGAGCAGCAGCAGCAGCAGCGGGAGGAGGUUCCAGCAGACAGGAUGGAGGGGCAGGAGCCUCCGAAACUGGAGCAGCAACAGGAAGAGCUUCCACAAGUGGGCAAGGAGAAGCAGCCGGAAGCUGCUGCCUGCCCACCGCUGCAACUGCCGCCGAGGCCGUCCCCGCUGUCCAGCCCCUACGUCGACCUCAUGGACAAGCUCUUGAGCAAAAUAAUAUGA